AUGGCCAUGAAUCCGCCGAAUGCGCAGCUGCCAUCUCUAUAUACCUCGUUGCAGCCACCACCCCCCCCUCCCUCCGUCAAUUCCCAACCCCCCGUGAUACCUCUGGGUAUUCGGCCACCGCCAAAAGUCCAACCACCUUUUUCGACUCUUCAGGUGUCCCUCAAGCCCGCCCAAUUACCUCCAAACAACACGGUCUAUAACCCCAUGGGGUCCUCCCUUGUCUCUCCCUCAUCUCCGGCAGUUGUCCCAGCUCUCCCUCCGAAUCCCACUGCAGUUCGUCUGGCAAGCCUGGCCUCCGCUGUGGCCGCGGCCAACGUUCCGGUGAGGGACUCCACUUGGCUCAAGAUGCGUGUCUGCCCGGCCUUCUUCAAAGAGAUGGUGGCCGGUGGGAACCUUCCCGACACCGAGAAGUGUCCCUUCACCGCGGAGACCUGUUCCCUAGCUCACCCACAGCCUAAUGUUCGAAUUGAAAACGAGAGCGUCACAGUCUGCUUUGAUUUCAUAAAGGUACUGUUGAUUUUAAUGCUGCAGACAUUACUUUUCGAACGCUUUUGA